AUGGCAGACCCUUUCUCGAUAGCAACCGGUGCGCUCGGGGUUGUGGUCCUUGGUAUUCAGGUCUGCGACGGCGCGCGGAAGCUCUUGAAGGCAGCCAAGGGCAGGCACAAAGAACUGGCCGCCGCAUGGGACGAUGCGCGCGGGUUGGCGGCCUUGUUCGAGCGCCUCAAUGGAAUUAUCGCUCGAUUUCAUGCCGAGAGGCCGGAGGAUGCGGCUCUCCUGUCGCAGUGCCUCGAAGGCGCCCGAAGCCCUCUCUUGGAGUUGAGAAAUAUUGUGGCAAAAUUGGAGGGUUUUCCAGAUGGCAAAAUGCCCUCGCUCGAGGACGCUUCAUCGUCGUCACUAUCAACAAUGGCAAGAUCAUCAGGAGGCAUGAGAAACAAGGCGAUGGACAAGGCAAAGGAUGCAGUGCGCGCCAUAACCUACAAGCUGCACCAGGACGAUGUCAAGGACCUUCGCGCGGCGUUGCAGCAGCUGAGCACAUCGAUCAACACUGCAAUCCAAAUAGUUAACUUAGACGAGGUCGAGAAACAGAGCCAAAACAUUAAGAGCCUACAAGCCUCAAUGUUGUCGGUUGGUUCAAGCGUCGAGUCUCAAAGUUCCGAUCUUUGCUUAGCUAUCUCUUCGCUGGCGUCCCAAACCCAGGCGACGGCUGAUGAUCUGCAAAUUGUUGCCCAAGAAAACGCCGUGAGGCUGCGUGAGCUCCAGGACGGUUUAAGCUCCGAUAUUGCCUUCAUCGAACAUCAACUGUCAACGACGAAUAAAGCAAUUUAUGGCGUCGGCCACGAGGUGGGCCUGAUGAGAGACGAGGUUCAGGCCCAUGGCCAGGCUGUGCUUGCUCAGCUACAACUAAUCGCUCGCCAGCAGGAGCAUCAAAUGCAGAACCCAAGUACUUCUAGUUCGACGGGGACCUUCCAAACAAUCAAUCAAAUUGUGCAGUACGUGCCGCCGACAUCUUUCAAGCAGGCUCUCGAUGUUCUUCAUAGGUGCCGAUGCAGGACCAACGCUGCCCGCUCGGCUACGUCUUCCCUCGACCUGUACAACAUCCGCGUCUUCUCGCGGCAGCAAAGCUCGUCGCGCCACGAGCGGGACUGCCCCCUUCAUGCGCUCACUCAGGAGCGCACCCGCGCCGUAGGCGUGCGGAUACGCCUCCAGCUAGGCUCGCUCUUGAGCUGCCUCCUCGAAGUGAACUUUUGGUGCUCAAUGGGGGCGGGGGGCUCUUCCUUCGGGCCUUCUAUCAAAUGGAAGAAUCUGGUUCCUAUGCACCAGUCCCCCGUGCAGCGCGAAUUUUCACGCGUUAGUCUAUGGCUUCCAAUUGGGAAGCGGAAACAGCAGCCGGCCGAGCUCGUCGAACAGCUGGAGAUGAUGCAAAGGAAUGUGCUCACACUGUACCAGAACGGCGAGGCUUCGUUCAACGACGUCGAUCUACGAGGCCACAAUCACUUACAGCUCUUUAUCCAUACCGUGGUUCAGUCUCUGGACCAUGGACUCUUGACACACGAGGUAGCGAGCGCGGCUAUUUCCAUGACACAGCUGUAUAUCGAGAUGGGCCUGACUUGCGACGAGCUAGACAUCAGCUACGUUACCAACCGAAUAUCCUCCCAGUGGAGAUAUCGGCGGUUGGUUGAAACAUCCACGACGCUCGCGAGAUCGACCGACCUUCUUGAGCCAUACAGGGGCCAGAUUACAGAACAGAGUGUCAAGCUUGUCUCCUCCAUUGCGCAAGCGUCAGAGCCAGUGCUCAAAGAUGUUAUUCGGAAGGUACCGUACACAGACCCCGGUCUCUUCUUCACUCGAAUUCUUGAUUUUGAAACUUGCAUGGGACCAGUUUUACCCCUCGCCAGGGCGAUCCUGAUGAGGUCACUUCGCGAUCUCGAGAGUGCCAUCAGGUUGUCCCCGGAGUCACUGUUGGAAAAGACACAUGGUCUCACGGUACUGCACCUCGCCGUUGGGUGGCCUGAGGGGCUUUCACUCCUAAUCCAGACAGACGCCAGGCGUCUCCUCGAUACCCCUGAUGAGAUCUCGCAGGUCAGUGACGAAAGUUCCAGACUCGCCUGGCCCUUCUCUUACGCCGCCGCGGCCCAGUGCACGCAAAGUCUUGAUCUUUUGCUUCGGGCGGGCUGUGAUCUCUACCCGAUAGACCCUCAGAACGGCGCGAGGUCUCUAGCAUUCUCGUACGCUUUGGCGGUUACGUCAGCGGAAUGCGCUGAGGUGUUUGCAAUGCACAUUGCCUGGCGACGGCGGAAGCUCUUCGCUCUUGCCAGCUCGAAUCUAGACAAGAUCGGAGCGCAUCUCGCUUGUCUUAGCGAGGAAUCGCGCAAGGCGGUCAUGGAAGCCCUUGAGCACAAUCCAUAUCUCAAAACAGCCAAAUCCGACGCAAAGGCACCAGAGCGGCGAUUCCCCGAGCAUCUCAUCAGCAAUAUGGUUCUUGAGUGUCUCGAAGACGCCAAGAUCCCGGUAGAUGCCCAGCUACGCCCCCCACUGUCUAUGGAUGGCGAUAUAUAUCAACUCCCAGGUCUUCCCUUGGUCUUUUUUCCUAUAUUCGAAAGGCAUGGAUUUGGUGGAUUUAACGAGCCCAACUGCUACGGCCUACGGCCAAUCAUGCAAGACCCACGAAGCCCUUCCUCUCUAUCUUCAGAUCCGAUAGAUAGUGCCCAGAGUGUGCUGCCGUGGUUGAUCGAGCACGGAUGUCUGGACAUGACGCCAGCACAUGCGGCGAGCCAGCCACAUCCGGAAAUGAUGCUAAACGAAGGCGCCACGGGCUGGCACUACCUUUCUCUGAAGAUAGUGCUCAGCACCUGGGGCAUAUACUCAGUGCCUGUCUACGGCCAGAGCACAUCAAAGGCAAGCAUGGAGCUGAUGGCGACCAUCGCGGAGGGCGAGGCAAAGCGCCACCAUGAUGGCUGCGUGUGCCUUUGCACCCUUCCACCAACAUCUUAUGAGGUAGAUCAUCAUACCAAUAAGCAAUCCACGGGCGGAUGCUCGCCCUUCAGCUACCUGUGCAAGCAGUGGCUCCAAACCGACUACACGUGGAACUUCCGCCCCCACAGCUUCCGCCAUCACCUGUUCCGACACGGGCACAACAGCGGCUCUGAAAACACUUCCUCAACCCAGGAUAAAGAAAGAAAACUUGCAUCCGCUAUGUCCACACCGAUGUGGCAGCUUGAGGUCCUCCGCCUACUCACCUUCGAAUCCCUCGAUAUGACACAUACGUGUUGCAGCGCCCAUCCACUCCAGUUGGACGCCAUCGAGCACGCAAUCUUUAACCACCCGGACUCGGAAGGAACAAGGCUGCGGAUUGAGGCGGAUCGCGUUGAGGCAGACAAGGCACGGCAACUAGAGGAGCUGAUGACCGAAUUUACAGAGCAGCUGGGGCGCACGACCGGCUCACCACGGGACCUCGAAGACUUUAUCUUUGGGCCCUGGCGGGCUCGAGUGGCGGGCCUGUUCGAUGAGACUGUCCAGGAAGUCCAAGCGAUGGAAGAUUUCCUGGGUGGCAAGGUGCGAACCAGUAAGUCGAGCGGCAUCUUCAAGCAUAUCUCACGUAGCAAGUGA